AUCUUCCUCUGCCUCACACUGACUCACUCACAGACAAUAAUCUUAUUAUUUUGAGUUUCUUCUAGAAAGCUUAUCAAAACGGGUGUUUUUUGUUUUCCCAACACCAGCAAUAAGGUGGGCAGAGCUAUGGAGGCCAUGGCCAUGGGGUUUUCUAAUCAUACCAGCCCCUUCAAGCCCUCUUAUUGCCCUCCUCACGUAUGGUUAUGCCAUUUGUGCCAUCGCGCUUCUUCCAUGUCUCCUUCUUCACGGUCCUUCUGGGCUUCCUCCAGAAAAGCCCUUCACAGGAGAGAAAUCUGCCCACUGGACAAUGCCAAUGGUCCCUUUUCCCGCGCGGCUGUGUUUAGUAGUUAUUUCAAGUGUAAACAAAGUUCAAGUUAUUACACACAGCCACAUACUGACAACCAAAAAUAUGAGAACUCGGAACAUGGUGACUGGAAGCUUGAGGUUUGUAGGGUGCAAAAAGAAAAUCAUUUUACUUCAUCUGCUCGAAUGCGUCAAAAUCUCGUAAAUCGGGUUAGUUCAAAAGGAAAACACUUUCCGAAUGGAUUUGGUAAUGUACAAAGUUUGAAGGAAGAAAUUCAAGUUCCAAAAGAUUUUAUGAGACCUGGUAAUUUAAAUACUGCCAUAGAGUGGCAUAGGGAGAGCGUCAAGGUAAAGGAAACAAGAGCACUUUAUGUUAGUAUUACGGACAACAAUGUGGGUUGUGUUGAUGGUAAGAGCAAUGAUGCAUACCACAGAACAUCAGGAGAAACUACUGAAAGUAGUGCGCCAGUGGUCAAAGGUUUGCAAGAUUGUAGUAAUUAUCAGAAAUUGCCACAUUGCUAUGCAUUUCUAGAGGAAAAAUAUUCUUUGGAGGAUGUAAUUAAUGAGGAUGUUGCUUCACCUGUGAUGCCUUCUGCUGAGGCAGGAGUCAAUGACAAUGAUGCUCCAAAUAAUAUUUGUAAUGGUGGAUCAUUCCUCUCAACAAAAAACUUUGCAGGAAAUGCUGUUGAAUCGAUUGCUGAGAAUGGGGCUUUUAGAAGCUCAAUUGGAUCAAAGCAAAUGGGCUUUGACACAAUAAAACCACAAUCUUCUGGCCUGUCAUAUAAAUCCAAUAGGCAGGAGCAGAUGGUAAAUGUAAAUGGUGAAAAACAUCAUACUUAUAAGAAGGAUUGUGCUUUACAUAAACCAGCAUCCAUGGAGCAAGACCCGUUUGAACCAAUGGAAAGGGACGUAGCUAAUGGAAAACAUGCUAGUGCUGAUAUAGAAAAUGAAAUACAACGUUUUUACCAGUUCCGUCUGCGUGAGACACUUGGGCGCAUCUAUGACAAAGUUCUUGUGGUUGAUAAUAUCUCUACAGCCAAGGAAAUAGUCAGUAUGCUUACGAAUCAAUACAGGCAUCUUGUCCAUGCAUGUGAUACAGAGGUGGCAAAGAUUGAUGUGAAGCAGGAAACACCUGUUGAUCACGGAGAAGUCAUAUGCUUCAGCAUUUAUUCUGGACCAGAAGCCAAUUUUGGCAAUGGUAAGUCUUGUGUCUGGGUAGAUGUUCUUGAUGGUGGAGGCAGGAGCCUUUUGGCUGAAUUUGCUCCAUUUUUUGAAGACUCAUCCAUCAGAAAGGUUUGGCAUAAUUAUAGCUUUGACAACCACGUUAUAGAAAACUAUGGGCUUAAAGUUUCUGGUUUUCAUGCCGACACAAUGCAUAUGGCUCGAUUGUGGGAUUCCUCAAGACGAACAGAUGGUGGGUAUUCUCUAGAAGCACUCACAGGUGACCGGUCUGUCAUGUCUGAUGCUAGAUUGUGCCCCAAUGAAGGGCUGGUUGGUAAAGUGUCAAUGAAAACCAUCUUUGGCAGAAGAAAGGUGAAGAAAGAUGGAUCUGAGGGCAAGAUUGUCACCGUUCCGCCUGUUGAAGAGCUUCAGAGAGUAGAGCGAAAAUCAUGGGUUUGCUAUUCUUCAUUGGAUUCAAUAAGCACACUGCAGCUCUACGAGAGCUUGAAAAAGAAACUCACUGAUAGGGAAUGGAAUCUUGAUGGAAUGCGAAAAGGAACAAUGUUUGACUUCUAUGAAAAAUACUGGCAUCCUUUUGGCAAUCUUCUAGUGAAAAUGGAAACUGAGGGGAUGCUGGUUGACCGAGCUUAUCUCGCUGAGAUUGAGAAAGUGGCCAAGGCAGAGCAGCAGGUUGCUGCUGAUAGAUUUCGUAAGUGGGCAUCUAAUUACUGCCCUGAUGCUAAAUACAUGAAUGUGGGAAGUGAUACACAGUUACGCCAGCUUUUUUUCGGUGGCAGUGUAAACAGAAAGGAUCCCAAUGUGACUCUUCCAAUGGAGAAGGAUUUUAAAAUUCCCAACGUUGAUAAUGUGAUAGAAGAAGGCAAGAAGACCCCCACCAAAUAUCGCAAAAUUAAACUGCAUAGACUUGGUUCUGAUAUAAAUACUGACAUGUACACUGCAAGUGGUUGGCCCUCAGUUAGUGGAGAUGCUUUGAAGGCCCUUGCUGGGAAGGUUUCUGCCGAGUUUGACUCUACCGAGCAGUUGGAUGACAUUGUCGUAGAUUCGCAUGCAGCAUUGAGUGAUUCCACCAAGGGCCUAGACACAUCUGCUUAUGGAACUGCUUAUGCUGCAUUUGGAGAGGGGCAGCAGGGAAUCGAGGCUUGCCAUGCCAUUGCUGCUUUAUGUAAAGUUUGCUCCAUAGACUCUUUGAUAUCCAAUUUCAUCCUCCCCUUACAGGGAGGCCAUAUAUCAGGCAAGAAUGGGCGUAUUCAUUGUUCUCUAAAUAUCAACACAGAAACUGGGCGCUUGUCAGCAAGGAGGCCGAAUUUACAGAAUCAGCCUGCGUUAGAGAAGGACCGCUAUAAGAUUCGGAAGGCAUUUAUUGCUGCACCUGGGAACUCUCUUAUUGUUGCUGAUUAUGGGCAGGAUGCUUUUACUUCUGAAAGAAGAAAAGCAAAGAUGCUUAACUUUUCCAUCGCAUAUGGGAAAACAACAAUGGGACUUGCUCGCGAUUGGAAGGUUUCUGUGAGUGAAGCCAAGGAAACAGUUGAUCUGUGGUACAGUGAUAGACAAGAAGUACGGAAGUGGCAGAAAAAACACAAGGAAAAAGCUCACAAAUAUAGUUGUGUUCACACGUUGCUUGGUCGGGUUCGCUCUUUUCCUUCAAUGAAUAAUGCUACUCCCUCUCAAAAAGGUCAUAUUGAACGAGCUGCCAUCAAUACCCCAGUGCAGGAUGCUUUUACUUCUGAAAGAAGAAAAGCAAAGAUGCUUAACUUUUCCAUCGCAUAUGGGAAAACAACAAUGGGACUUGCUCGCGAUUGGAAGGUUUCUGUGAGUGAAGCCAAGGAAACAGUUGAUCUGUGGUACAGUGAUAGACAAGAAGUACGGAAGUGGCAGAAAAAACACAAGGAAAAAGCUCACAAAUAUAGUUGUGUUCACACGUUGCUUGGUCGGGUUCGCUCUUUUCCUUCAAUGAAUAAUGCUACUCCCUCUCAAAAAGGUCAUAUUGAACGAGCUGCCAUCAAUACCCCAGUGCAGGGGAGUGCUGCGGAUGUUGCCAUGUGUGCCAUGCUGGAAAUAGAGAAGAAUGCACGUCUAAAGGAGCUUGGAUGGAGACUUCUUUUACAGGGGAGUGCUGCGGAUGUUGCCAUGUGUGCCAUGCUGGAAAUAGAGAAGAAUGCACGUCUAAAGGAGCUUGGAUGGAGACUUCUUUUACAGGUUCAUGAUGAAGUUAUCCUAGAAGGGCCAACGGAGUCUGCUGAGGUUGCUAAAGCUAUAGUUGUCGAGUGCAUGUCCAAACCUUUCGAUGGCAAGAAUAUUCUUAGAGUCGACUUGUCUGUUGAUGCCAAAUGUGCUCAAAACUGGUAUUCUGCCAAGUAG